AGCGCUCUUUUGUUUGGCAAAAGAAAAAGUUUUGAUUCAUUUUUUGGAUUCGUCUCACUGAAGCAGGGCAGUGCGGUAAAGUUGUCGUGUUGCCAUGGAGAUGGAAUACAUCCUACUGGAGAGCUCCUCUCCUCAGAAGGUUUGCCACUCCCAGACACAGACUGAUGUUUUAAAACCUUUACUGGGCAGUGGUGCAUCCGGAGGGGGCGGGACUCUGAGGAAGAGGAGGCGUGUCCUGUCCAAAGAUGGGCGUAGCAACGUGCGAAUCGAACACGUCAGCGGGCGGAGUGCCCUGUACAUGCGUGACCUAUGGACAACGUUUCUGGACAUGCAGUGGCGCUACAAGUUCUUCCUUUUCAUUGCCACUUUUGCAGGGACCUGGUUCUUGUUUGGGGUGCUGUGGUAUCUGGUGGCACUGGUGCAUGGAGACCUGCUUGAGUUCGACCCGCCGUCAAACCACACACCCUGUGUGAUGCAGAUGCAGACCCUGACGGGGGCUUUCCUCUUCUCCCUGGAGUCCCAGACGACCAUCGGUUACGGUUUCCGCUGCAUCACUGAGGAAUGUCCAGCCGCCAUUAUCCUCCUCAUCAUCCAGCUGGUCAUCACCAUGCUGAUGGAGAUCUUCAUCACUGGUACCUUCCUUGCUAAGGUUGCUCGGCCAAAGAAGCGAGGUGAGACAGUGAAGUUCAGUCAACAUGCUGUGGUGUCGACCCACGAAGGUCGACCCUGCCUUAUGAUCAGAGUGGCCAACAUGCGCAAGAGUCUUCUGCUUGGGUGUCAGGUGACUGGAAAACUACUGCAGACAUCUCUGACCAAGGAAGGCGAGACGGUUCGUCUGGACCAGAGGAAUGUUCCCUUCCAAGUGGACACGUCCAGUGACAGCCCCUUCCUCAUCCUGCCCCUCACCUUCUACCACCUCAUCGAUGACAGCAGCCCCCUGCGAGCUUGGGCAGACAAGGGUGGGGGCUGGACAGAUCCAGAGUUGGCAGACUUUGAGCUGCUGGUGAUCAUGAGCGCUACAGUUGAGCCGACCUCCGCCACCUGCCAGGUUCGCACCUCCUACCUGCCGGAUGAGAUUCUUUGGGGCUAUGAGUUUCCCCCUGUAGUUUCCCUUUCCCCAUCGGGCAAAUAUGUAGCGGACUUCGCCUUUUUCGACAAAGUAGCCAAGACCAAGACCACGCCCAUUUUCAAACCAUCCAGCCCCCAGCAUGGGUACCAGAGCAAUGUGGGAGAGACUGUGCCUGAGGUGUCUGAUCCAGAUAAGAUUCGUCUGGAGCAGAGCUACAGGGAGAGAGGGGAGGACCGUGGCCAGAGCAGAGAAACUCCUCUCAGUGUUCGCAUCAGCAACGUGUGAUCUGAUCGAAUUGCAAUGAGCAGGAGACUGAUUUGCUGUCAGUGUCAACAGCAGAUCAGUGAAACAUCAUAUCAAUACAGCUGGGGAGACUGACUGACUGUUUUAAAAGAUAUAUUGGUCCCAGUAACACCAAAUGAUGCAGAAAGCAAUAAUGGAAGACUACAGACAACUUCAAGUUUGUCAUUGACACAUGUUUGCUGGGAUAAUACAUGUUUUACACUGGUCUGACUGUAUUCAUAUGACGGCAUAACUUACUGCCUAACUGCAGCUACUGGAUGUAUUUUGGAUUCUAGACUGUAGGCACUUUCAUAACUAAAACAAUAACGUGUUGGUUUAUUUAUUCACACAGAAAAAACAAAACAAACAUCAUAGAAACAAAAAAAGUACAAAACAGAAGAAGCAGCGGAGACUACGGAAAACCUGUUUGGGUUCUCCCCCUUGAAUUCUCAACUUCAAAUCACGAGCAGAGAAAAACUCUGAAAAUGUGAGUCAUUGGCAGUGUGUAUUUUCCAACGUCAAGGGUGGGCGAGUAUCGGGGUUCGUUGGUAUGAAAGGGGGGGGCAGGAAAAACCCACACAAAGCGUAGACCAUGAUAUACUUCCUCUGAAAAAGGGGCUUUCGGUUUCACCCAACAGUAAUGAGUAAUACUAAAAUAAUUUUCUAAAAAAAGCCCCACCCCCAACUAUUUUGCAUUUCCCAUAGACAGGAGUAGUUCGCAAUGUGUAUUGUACAUGUCAAUGCACUAUGAUAUGUUAGGCAAAGCACUUUGAAACACUAAUGUAGCACUACAACUGGAAUAAUGACGUAGAUAGGUCAGACUGAAUCUGCUGUGUUCAGGGUGCUCGUGAUGAUGUGGGCAUUUCUUGUUUUCUGUUACUGUUAUUGCUGUUAGCACUUUAUGUAAGUAUAUGAUAUAUGUUUGCACCUUAGAAAGGUUAGCUGCCUUUGUUUGGAACCAUAAGAUAUGUUUUAUAUACUACUAAAUACACUUACAUCUUGAAUAUCACAGAAUUCGAGGGCAGUUAGAAUAAACUUCAAAACAGAUGCUUCUUUCCUAAAAAGGUUCAUCAGAAUCGUCUGUCUCGGUGGCCUUAAGCAGACCGGCUGCUAUGCAUAUGAUAUUUCUAUCCCAUCAUCAUUAACAGCUGCUGUACAUACAUGGGUGUAAUUGCUCAUCUGGUUAAUGCGAGUUGCAAAUGUCACUGUCUUUGCAACUACUUUCAUUUUGGAGGUACUAACAUUGUCAAAUUAACAAAAAAAUGUCAGAGACCCUUUAUUAUAUAAGGACAUGAAGAGGACUUGUAACCCGAGUGAGCUGAGAGGUGAGAAUGUAAAAGUGACGUGUGACAAUGAUGGUUAGACACUGACAGAUAAGACGAGUGUAAAGGAUGCGAAUAUGUUGGAAAUUGCAUGUAUGUGUAACACUUUCUUAAUUAACAUCAAACUCUGGAAUAUUAAUAGUGUUUUCAGUGCAGAUGGAGAGAUCGAAUGAGGCGAAUUCUCUCUAAAAAGUGAUUUAAUAAAGCUGAUUAUGAGUUA